CUGGGCGGUGACCUUCUAAAUUAGGCGAGAGAGCUCCGCAGAGUAGGAAACAUGCAAGGAUGUUGGAGAUGUCAAUUCACUUUUGGUUUAAUUACGCAGCUGGCUGCAAGUAGGCUAAGCGGCUGCAGUGGACGAAAGAUAAGCCAGCUGACAUGGAGCCACCGGGAGAGCGUCCUGCAUAGAUUUGAAUCGUUGGUUGGCAUCGGUCGCUUUUGCCCUUCAGGCUAUCCAGAAAACAGGAGACAAAUCGGUCGCAACUUUUGCACAGCUGAAGAUCAUAGUGUCUCCUACCAACAACUCAAAGAUUUGUUGGAAUCAAAAGCAGUCCGGCUUAUUGAUGUUAGAGAAAAAUGGGAAAUUGCAGAGCAUGGAAAAAUUCCUGGUUCAAUCAGUAUUCCAUUGGGAGAAGUUAUGGAAGCUUUACAGAUGGACUCAGUAUAUUUUAAAGAGAAAUACAAUCAAGAUAUACCUUCUAAAUCAGAUCAUGUAGUGUUUUCCUGUCUCGCUGGCGUGAGAAGCAAACAGGCUCUAGCUGUUGCAAAAUCAUUGGGUUUCAGCAGAGUUCAGCAUUUUCCUGGUGGCUUCAGCGAAUGGCUGGAGUAUGAAUCUUCAAAGAAGAAAUGAUAUCUAGAAUACACAAACUGUAGGUAAUCUGAAAAUGCAGAGGGUGAUAUCUAAUUUUGUUUAAAGAGCAUCUAUAAAAGGCAUCUAGGCAUAUUAAGACAAGAUUAUUUUGCCAACAAAGAAAAAACACUGAGAUACACUUCAAAUGUUUAUCCUGAUUAACAUUAUGGAAAUUUUUGUUUAAAAUUUAAAAACUAAUUCAAAUAGAUUUAAGAAAUUUACAACUGAUCAUUACAAUACAUUUAGUAAUAAAUAUUUAAGUAAAAUGAAGUGGAAUUAAGUUGGCUAUUUAUUAAUCAAAAUUUAUGUAGCUGCCCAUCACAUGAGAAAUUAUGUGUAUCUCUGGUCAUGAAACAAAAAUAUAAAAAUGUUAAGUCCAAAGCUUGGGAUAAUGGCACUAAAAUGUUUAGCCAAAUGGUUGUUUUUUUCAACUUCAUAUUCAGGAAUUAAGUCUUAGUCCUGCUUAUUGUUCUUGGCUUUCAACUAUCUCUAGAUAUUAAAUAUUUGCAGAAAUAAUAUCAAGAAAUACAUUUUUGUACAUGCAGAAGAAACUGAUUAGAGACAUAUAUGUAUUGUAUCUGUGAUAAGGUUUCCAUAUGCAACUUUUAAAUUAGGGACACAAUCUAUUUCUACAUAAACAACUUCUGUAAAAUUGCUGAGAUAUUACAUAACAUAAAAACACUGAAUUUCUAGUACAGUGUGUUAUAUGCUGAAUGGUAUGAGGACCAUUAUAAUCCCACUUUAAAAUAAUGAAACUGGUAAAAUUUUGUUAACUCAUUUGAAUAUAGAACAGUGGUCACCAACCAGUGGGCCGGGGACCACUGGUGAUCAGCGAGAAAAUUUUGGUGGUCUGCAGAGUAAUGUCCCCCCAAAGCACCCCCUAAAGCAAUUAAUCCAGGCUGUGG